AUGAUUAACACAACCAACAAGUUAACUCCAGUUAAUCUAUUCAAUGUUAUUAACACAAGUCAAAUGUUGUUACCAGUUAUACAUUUAUUAUUGCUUUUGUUACCUUUCUUUUUACUGGCCAUUCCAAUAACAUCAUCAACAUCUCUUCCGAUUGGAUCGGAAACAAUUUACAUUUCUCAUACUGGUUCAAUAUCGACGAUCACACCUUUACAAUCACCACCAAAAGAUAAUCAAGUUCAAGACGAAAAUUUAUCAACAAGUAUGGAUGGAAAUGGAAGGGAAGUAGGAAAAGGUGUUGAUAGUGGAGAUAAUGAUGAUAAUGUCAAUAGUGAUGAAGCAGGUAAAAGAGGAGAAGAGGAUAAAGAAGAAGACAAAGAAGGAAAAGAUACUGGGUCAAGUUAUUCUACACCUAAUAAAUAUAAUAGCCAAACUGAUGAAAAUAUUGAACCACCAAUAAGUCCAAUUUUGUUUGAGGAAAAUAACGAGACCAAAUUUUCAUCCCAUUAUAACAAUUUACAAGAUCACAAAUUACAUUUACACCCGAGCAAAUGUAAUUAUACUCGUGUUUGGACAUCCAAUUCAUCCAAUCUUACCCUUUAUACUCCAAAUUAUCCUGAUACAUAUCCACCUGGGAUUGAUUGUUGGAUCACUGUUACCGGUUUGGCUGGGUACCAUUGGUUGAUUAAAUUUGAUAGUACAAAUGAUUUAGAUGGUCCAACAGAAUUUUCUGGUUGUGAAAAAGAUUAUAUUACAUUAGGACCAGCAAAGCAUUACAAUAAAGAUAAACAAUCACGGCAAUCAGCUACAUCUAUCAACACUUCAAUGGUUACAAUCAACUUAUGCAGUGAUCAAUCUCUUGGUGAAAUCGUUUCUCUGCAUGAAAAUUUGUCAAUCCACUUUCAUACAGAUCUUUCAUCAACAGGUUCACUUGGAUUUAAAAUGAUUGCCAUUCCCAUUGAAAAAUGUCCUCAAGUAACCCUUUAUGCAUCCGAUUCAGGCUCCAGAUCUAUUUUUUGUAGUGGUAACCAUGCUGUUGAGUAUUGGGAUGAAAGUUGUCUUCUCACAAUUUAUCCACCAUCCAUCAAUAACAUCAAUCAAUCAUCAUCGCCAUCAUUGUCACCAUCGACUACUUCCUCCAAUUUAACUCCAUGGACCUUUGAAUUAACUUUUUUAACCCUUGUUUUAGACAAUUAUCAUGGUCUCGAUGAACAAAAUCAUGUUAAAUAUGCACAAUCAAGCUAUAUUGCCAAUGAAUCUACGGAUCAAGAAGCUUUCAAUAAAAGGCGAUCUACAUCUUCAGAAUCAACCUCUUAUUGUUCCAAACGCCCUCACCUAAUAAUCAAAAGUAAUUCUACUUUAUCUGAAAGUGUUUUGAUUUGUGAAGGACCUAAAUCGGGUCCACCAGCAAUCAGUUUAACUGGAUCUUCAGUUAGUGUAUCUGUUGUUACAACUUUUGCUUCAACCUCACCUUCUUCCACAGAGGACAACAUUGACCCUCUAGAAAUCCAUGAUCACGAUCCAAUUGGUCCAGAAUUUUGUUUUGAAUAUUCAGCAUUACCAUAUUCAACCUUUAUUGGCUCCAAACUUUUGUGUCCUCAUCAAUCAACUGAUUGGUAUCACUUUGAUUCCCACUGUUAUAAGCUUUUCACUGAUAAUCUGGUAACAUGGUCAGAAGCUGAAGCAAUAUGUUCCUCAACUUCAAUCAAGGGUCAUCUUGUUUCAAUAACAGACGAAAAUAUUCAAAAGCUGAUUGAAAAGCUAAUCUCAAGAGAGGAAAAACAUGACUUCAGUUCAGGUGAUUCAGUUGAAUCUGACGAGAGUUUAAGUGACCUUAGUAGCGGAAAAUAUUUCUACUGGAUUGGUGCAACUGACGCUAAACACGAGAAUCACUUUCAAUGGGUUGACGGAUCUGCAUUUAGUUUUACAAAUUGGUUUACUGGUUGGCAAAAGAUGGGAAGUAACAUUAAAUACGGUAAACAGCCGAGUGAUGACGGUUUCUCUGACCAGGAUUGUGUUGAGAUCCGUAAUAAGUUUAAAUAUGCGUCCAAAGGUUUUGGUUCAACGGGUGAUCAUUAUUAUUGGAAUGAUAUUUCAUGUGAAGCCAGGAACGCUUUCAUUUGCCAAGUUCCAAUAAAUAAACAGCAAAAUGAAGGUACAGUUGAAACAAAGGAGAAUCCAGUUAAUAACAUUUUGUCUUGUGGUAAAGAUAUAAUCUUAAGUAUCCAGCAUAACUGGGAAGUUUUAACAACACCAGGCUAUCCAAAUCCAUAUCCAAAUAAUUUAAAUUGUACAUUUACUAUUUCAUCAAAUGAUGAUUACCUUGUUGAGCUUAUUUUUACUGAUUUUAUUUUGGAAGAAGGUGAUCCAAAUUGCCAAUACGAUUAUCUAAAUAUCCGAAGUUAUUCUAAUUAUUUGAAAUCCAAAUCCCAUAACCACCAUCACGAGUCAUCAUUAAUCUCCUCCUCGCAUUACUGUGGUGACUACAAUUCAAAGAUUAAGCUUUUACGAACUGUUGGUAAACAUCUUCGCCUUGAUUUGGUUACCGAUGAAUCGCACACUUACAGAGGAUUUCGAGGAGAAGUCAGAUUAUUACCAGAUGCAGUAGCUAGUCGACCAGCUUCAUCCUCGUCUUCACCCAAAGUAACCAGUUCUUUCUCAUCCUCUGCAUCUCCCUCCAACCCUGAAAGUCGAACGCUUUGUGAUGAUAAAAUGUUUCAACCAUUUGAAGGCGAUUGUUAUCUAGUCUCAUCUUACCCUGAAGUUUCUUGGACAACAGCUCGCCGUAUUUGCAAUGAUAUUGACUCUGAGAUUUUGGUUAUUCGUGAUUAUGAUGAUGAACGACGAGUUAUCGACUUUUUCACUGCCACAAAUCUUGAUAGAUUUUCAAGUGACCUUUCAAGACCUGUGCGAGCCUUUUGGAUCCUUCAACCCAAAAAUUCAGUUUUCGCAACCCAAGAGCUUUUACCCAGCUUUGAAGAUGAAGAGGGUAACAGUGUUGUCACUGGGUUGAUCAAUAAUCGCCAACGUCAACAGGUCUCUCCAUUUACUUCCACCUCAACCACCCUUUCAAGUAACAAAAAUAGCAGUCAGUUUCGAUCGAUACUAGCCAAGGGCAUUAAAUUUGGAUCCAGUAAAACUUCCAAUGUUUGGUUAUCCGACAAGUUGGUUGGUGAGACUUUUGGUCCAACUGAAAUGAAUGAAGAAUAUCAAGAAAACAGAAAAAUGUGCAAUAUUUUCUCAAUUGAUUUAUCUAAUCGAAAUAUUGAAUAUCGAUCAGUUGAAUGUAAUCACCAAGCUGGAUAUAUAUGCAAGAAAAAAUCAGUUGAUUUAAGCGAAGUUCGCAAUUUGACUUUAACUAAUCAAAUAAAUGGAUCUUUGGAUUCGCCCAAUUACCCUGGACUUUAUUUGAACAAUUUAAAUUAUCAUGUGAAUAUCACAAGCUUGGACCGUCAUUCAGUCAUUGUCAUCUGGUUCGAUGUUGUUGAAAUUGAAUGGCAACAAGAGUGCCUCUACGAUUAUUUAGAGAUAAUUGAAACAAGUCUUGGUUCCAAGGAACGUAUCUGUGGUCUUAUUGAAUCUGGUGAUCAUCUAAAUAAUUUAACAUACUUUUCUAAGUCUCCUCGAGUAACCAUUUAUUUUCAUACGGAUUACUCAAAUCGUGGAACUGGAUUCAAGCUCAAUUGGCGUAUAAUAGAUCCGAGUUGGUGUUCUAGACCUUUAACGAUCACUUCAAUCAAUAAAACUGGCUUCAUCGAAUCUCCAGGUUACCCCAAUUGGAGUCUCCCUUCACUCAAUUGCUCAUUUAUUCUGGUUGCACCUAAAGAUAAUCUGAUCCUGCUUACACUUAUUGAUUUUAAUCUUGGACAAGCCAAGCGUACACUUCGUGAUAAUCGAUGUCGAAAUCGGUUAUCCUCCAAUUCCGAAUAUCUCCUUCUUGAAUUAGAUGGCACUAGGAAUAUAACUUUAUGCGGCUCAAUUGAAAAUAAAGAUCUUCUUACUGGUCAACAGUUUCUAUCCUAUGAUAAUACUCUUAAAAUUCACUAUCAAACACGCCGACGAAAGUUUCACAAUCCGUUUCAAAAUUUUCGUGGUUUCAAGUUCAAAUAUGAAAUAGUCACACGCUUACAAACCAUUCCUACUAUUCUCUAUCUCCAAGCCAACACAUUUGGCCGGCUAACAAGUAUGAACUAUCCGCACAAAGCUCCAUCAAACCUGAACUAUACUGUCUAUCUGAGGACUCAGGUUGGAUUUAAAAUUGAAUUACGUGCUUCCAGAUCUAGUCAGAUGGCCAUCACAUCAAAUCCCUGUUCCCCAUUCAGCUUGUUCAAAGAUUUUUCAAUAUCUUUGGUAGAUUCAUACGGAUCAACCGAUUUGAAUCCUCCGACGCCCAAUAUUUGGUCACUUUGUAAAUUAUCUAAAAAUGGUAAAAAUAAUUUGGCAGAUUAUCGUACUUUUAUUUCAAGAUUUCACACUCUUAAAAUACUGAUUUCCAAUCUGAGUCCGAGUAACCAUGAAACAGACUCUGGUCAUACAUUCCAAUUGAUUUAUAAAACAGAUUCAGAUCCUUUUUUGUUGAAUAAAACUAAAUUUCUCGCUCGCGAUUAUCCAGUGGACUCCUGUAUUUAUAAUCCAUGCAGCUCAAAUGGUAUCUGUGUUAAUCGAACAACAUCUUCAGGUCAACCAAUAUCACUGUGCCAAUGUUCAGCUUAUUGGACUGGAUUGUUUUGCCAUUUAACUUUGUGUGAUCUUAAUGUUUGCUCCAACAAUGGUGUAUGUAAAAUAAAUUUCGAGACAAACGACUAUGUUUGUCAUUGUAAUAGAGGUUUUACUGGUCGUAAUUGUCGUGACUCGGUUGGUACCUGUGAUCGAACCAAUCCUUGUGGUGAUUCGGGAAAAUGCACAUUAAUUAAUGGAAAUCCAGUCUGUGAAUGUCCACCUUGGUUGGAGGGCCGUUUUUGUGAUAAAUUUCGACUUCAUAUCCACUAUAAACCCUUGAGUCAACGAAUGCUUGAGGAACCAUUUUGGCUUGGAUUGAUUACAGUGGCUGUUGUUUUGGCUUUAAUAUCUCUUGUAUAUUGUUUAAAAAAGAAAUUUGCUGAAAAGAUUGAGAAAUUUUUCGAAGAAGAAAUUGAAAAAAGCAAAACCUUGACAGCGUUUGGAUUAACCGAUAUGACUUCAGGUGGUCACCGAUACAGUUUAACAUCGAACUUGGGAGUAUCUGUAAAUGUAACUCCAGUCAAUAGAAGUCCUCCUCUCCCCAGAUCGCGAUCAUCUAUUAUUGGACGUAUCUGUAAACGUGGUUUAAGAUCAUCAAAUGCUGGUCAUUUAUCAGAUUCUGAGGUUGCCCAUCGAAAAGAAAAGGACGAUGGUUACUCAGAUACCGAACUUACUUCUGGAACAGGAGGUAGUGGUUUUGGUAGCUCAAGACGAAAAUUUCCUCCUUUGCUAUUCUUUUCAUCAAAAUCAAUGGGUAAUUCAGCUUCUGGCCUUGUAUCAUCAUUUGAACGAGAUGAAAAAUCUCGAAUCCUAUCAAGCCUUGUCUCAGGUGGCCUUAAAUCAAAGGAAAGAAGGAUGAGCCUUGAUGACUUCAUACGAUUAAGUGAAUCAAAAAUUCGCAGUAAAAAAGCGGCUCUUUUCGAUUUGCGAUCAGGUCAACAAGCCACACAAGAUUCCUCUUCUGAUGCCGAGCAGAAAUUGUCACCCGUCUCUUCCAGGAAAUCUUACGAUCUUUUUGUAAAUCCUCAAUCAUCAUCAUCAUUAUCACAUGCAGUAAUGUCAGCUCGAGCUCUUUCUCGCCUUCAAUUUCAUGCGAUUCGAGAAAACUCACAAGAAGAUCAAGAAUACCAUGAAACUUCCAUGUCAGAAGGAUACAGUCCAAAGUUGAAUUCAAUUAUUGAGGUUGAACACUCUAAGCGAUUAGAGAAGCUAAUGACUCAAGAUUCUGAGGUUGAAGGUAUUUUAACAAAUAUUGAACAUAUUCAAAGCAUUUCCAAGUCAUGCCUUCGAUUAGAUAAAGAUGCUAACAAUGGAAGCUCAAGUGGAGGAUCAAAUGGCGGUCUCAUUGCAAGACCCCGAUCAUCAUUUCGUAUAAAACGCAGCCCUUCACCACGUCGACCUCCUAGUGAUUUAUCAAGUUCGAGUGACUCGGGAUCACCCAAUCAUAUCACUGUGCCUGAAAUAAUGGUGACUCGAGCAUCAGUUGAAUAUCAGGACAUUUCAGAUUCUGAAUUACCUCCAAUACCAGGGCCAGGAAGACAUUCGCCAACGAUUAUUACUGGUUAUGAGAUCCGAAUCGAUUCCCCAGAUGAUGAUGAUAAUGAUAAUGAAGGGGAAGAACUAGAUGUUAAUGGUAAAGGAUAUCAUAGGAAUAACAAUGCAGGGUCACCUCAUGGUGAACGACGAAAUGAAGACAGUUACAUUGACUCUAUUGAUCAUGGUUUCUGUCAAGAUAUGGAUAGAAAUAAUGAUGACAGGAAACACUCACUAUCGCCAGCAAAUGAAUCACUUGCAGCGAGAAGAUUAUCCGAACCACCUUGUAUUCCUCCUGAAAUGAGACAAAAUAAGGCUAAAAAUUACAAAAUGGAGUCAAAUCGGCCUUCUUUAGAAUCCAAUGGAAGAAAAUACUCUUUAGAGUUGACUGUUCCUCAAAUAACAAUUAAUAAUGAUGAUGGUGGACAAAUUAGUCACUGCCAUGGCUUACAGCCUGAGUUGAAGGCUGUCUCUGCUCAUACCAUUUCAGAAUCAAAUUUAAGCACCUCAGGAUAUUCAUCAUUUUCAUCACCAGGAAUUUCACGAACCAAUUCAUCUUCACCUAUUUUGGAUGAAAUCGGAGGAGUAGAUACAAAUUUACAAAGUGUCUUCAUACCAGAAUCUAUUGAUGUCCCUCCUGGCUCCAUCUCAGAUGGAUCUGGACGAGUUAGAUUACCAAAUCAACAGCAGCCACCUCAUUUUAAGAAAAGCUCAAAUUUUGGUAAUUUCUUGACCAUUCCAGCAGUCAAUUAUGCACCUAGAAACUCUUCCUCAGUUAAACGUCGAAUCAUGAAGAGUCGAGAAAACUUGAAAUGUAUCGGUGAAAAUUCAGGUCCAUCUAGUCCAAGGAGAUCAUCCAUGCAAGAUCCGUUAAGUCCCGGGACUUCGAGUCAUGGAAGUCUUUUUAUGAGUGAAGUAGUAUACGGAGGCCCUGAGAGACUUGAACCCGAUUCAGGUUCAGAAUUAUCUGAUGUUCGUGUUCCACCAACUUUAUUGGCUAAACGAGAAAGACUUUUGGCAAUGAAGCAAAUCCAUAAAACAAUAGGAGUUCCACCAAGCUCUUUAAGGGAAUCAAGAGCUCAAGCUAUUAGGAACAAAUCAGGUAAUAAUACUUUAUCCUUAGAUGAUUAUGUUAUGGGUGAAAGCGAUGAGUUACUUUUAUAUGGAACUGGUUCAGGUUUAACCAAAGCAAGUUCAGGAUCAUUAUUAACCUCACAUAUUGCUCAACAACGUCCUCGAAGUCCAAUGAUGCGUGUUAAACCUCCAAUUCAAAGGAAUCCUUCUUGGCCUGGAUUGAUUAAAUCGAUAACAACUUCAUCUGAUUCAGAUGAGACUGAUAUGCAAAUGGUAGCAGUCGACGACUAUACUUUCCGUGAGCUUAGAUCUCCAGGACGUAGUCGAUUCAAUCGUCGUCUUUCUUCAAAGAAGUCAGUUUAUCACGUUUCAUCUAAAAGUUCCCAAAGUCUGUGUGAACCAGCAAUGGCCACAUCAUCAUCUUCCUCUUCGUCCAACAAAUCAAAUAGAGCAAGCUGCGGGUUAGGAGGCAAUGUUAAUAGACAUCGACCAAUGACUCGUACAGAUUCAUUUCCAAUGAGACGCUAUUAUGGUGAUCAACAGCAAGGAGUUUCAGGUGUGCGAUCAAAAGACAAAUCAUCUCCCAUUUCAACGUCCUCCUCAUCUUCAUCUGAAUCAUACCUUUCCACUAAUGACGAUGAAUUAAUGGCGACAAUGCAUUCAACUAGGAGUUUGAAUGCGUACAGUCCAUGUCCACCCAGUCCAAGGGGAGUGAAGUCAGCAUCGCCAAGAGGAAGUUUAAGGAGACUUGAUUCUGAAAGGUCAGGACGAGGUCAUGGUAAAUCUUGGUAUGAUAGAAGAGCCAAAUUGAAAUCACCAUCUCAAAGCUUACCAACAACUGGAGAUUCAGAGGACGCGGAUAUAAUUGUUCAACCAAGAAGCCGGAGGAAAGUGUCCAAAAUGAUGACAUCACCAGCAAUCAAUCCCUCAGUUAGUCCUAAUCAGGGUGAUUCAAGCUCAAGGAUCAAAAAUCGUUAUGGAAUGAUCAGAAUCAUAAAAAAUAUGGAAUAUCAUAGAUAGAUAAAGAACUGUAACCUCUAAAAUAUUAUUAUGUCCGAUAAACCUGGAGGCUCAUCUGAUACUGAGAAGACCAAAGAGGAUGACAAAAAGAAAGACAAAAAGAAGACCAAACUUCCACCCCUCACACCAUCGAUUAGUGGUAGUGAAACAGCAUCACCCGAAAUCAAUCGUAAUCUUGAUGAGCUUCGUAACAGAGAGGAUUUAACUGCAUGGCUUGACGAUAUUGAGGAAGAAAGAAAAUCUGAAGUUGAGCGUCGACAGAAAGAGCGGCGAACAAUAAGACCCAGUCUGUAUAAUCGGCGCCGAAUAACCAGACCUGGAACUGAUAUUAAAAAGGAAUUGGAAGAGUUGGCCUUAGAGAUGAAACGUGGAGGCUGGCAAGAAGAACCGAGUCCUUUGAAACUUGAUUCAGAAAAGAAACCAGAACAUGGUAGAAUAAUGAAAAGAAUAAUUCCAACUGUAGAUGAUCCCACUACUCCGACUAUAGACCUCUCUCCAUCACCAACAUUUACACCAAGAUAUGGACUUCUUUUUGAUUCCACCGAUGCAUCGCCAGAAAUUAGCAUCCGAAUGAACAACAACACACCAAUGACUAUUAGAAAUGCCUUGAUAAUAUCGAUCACUUUAUUUUGUUUUAGUCUAAUCAUAUUGGCCGUUUCUAUUUACAAACUCAAAUAUUCUUAGGUAAACUUGCGUUCAAUAUUGAUUAAAAUUUAUUUAAUUUUUUCGAUUUUGGCGAAAAUUUGCUCCAAUUUAGUUUGUUAAUUAAAAAUAUCGAUUCAAUAUAAAAAUAUAAAUAUAUAUAUUUAAAUUUUUAUUUAUGUCACCAUUUCUAACACUUUUUAACAGUCAAAUUCAAAGCUCCAAUUUCGUAUAAUUAUAAUUUGAUCAAAGCAAUUGAAAAAUUUUACUUUAUCUAUUAAUCGUUUGAAAUGACAAAAUUGGAAGCCAAAGAUUUAUCUGUUUCUAUAAUUCAAUUGAAAUCAAAUCGUUUUUUUCUGCUUCCAGACUCACCUGUUAUUUGAAUAAACGUGAAAAUCUUGAAUACUUGAAUUAUAUGCAAACCAAUGAAAAGAAAUUUGAUUGUAAAUUGUUAAAAGGUGUAAACAAAAAUGUACCGAUUGAUGCAUCAAUUUUGUUACAAUAAAUCUGACGAGUAAAUCAAA